AUGGGGAAGUGGAUAAAAAACGCCGUUUUUGCCUGGGUGAUUUAUUUCCGACAUGAAGUGUUCGCUGCUGGUUUCGGAUUGGCAUUAUUGUACAUGACGGUGUUGGGCUUUGACCUCGUCACGACAGCAUAUGCCUAUUCUCAAGGAGUUCCUCCUUGGCUCCUGGGUUUGUUGACUGGACUAGGAGCUUUGAAUGGCAUGAUUGGGGCUCUUAGUUUCCCCUGGCUCUGUUCUCGCUUGGGA